AUGAGACGAUCCUUUCGCGAUAACUGGGACGCCUCUCGAGAUGAUCGUCGCCAGCGGUUGCACUUUUCAUCGGGUGGCCAUGGAUCUGACCGUCAUGAUAGACGCAGGAAAAUAAAUUAUGAUUUCUAUUGUUCCGACAGUGAAGACGAGAGAGAUCGUGGGGGGCGGCGGCACCACGACCGUCGAAAAGAUCGCCACGAUCGCCGUCCGUACGAGGAUUUAAAACAAGAAGGGCGAAAGGAUCGCAGGCACCGCGUUGAUUCUCAUUCCUUCGUUGACGACAGCCAUCAUCGCCAAGGGCGAAAGCGAUCCCGGGGGUAUGGUGGCAAUGAAAGGGAACGAUCUGGUUCCGAGUUGGAUUCCAAUAGUGGGGACGAUAACUACCAUCGUUCUUCCAACCCCAACCGACACCCCCGACGUCACCCCAAAGAUAAGGUCCCACACAAGUCUCACUGGAGAAAUGAGCGAGGCAAAGAAAACGAGGAUGAUAAUAUGGGGCGUCGGUCGCGUUUUCGGCGUGAAGGAAGUCCAGGGGAUCGUGAGGGGACGUCAGGGCAACGACCCCCCCGGGAACAACCCCUCCAAGGAGUCCCUGUCGAAGAUAGAGGGUGGCGAAAUGCCCCACCACACGGCAUCUCCUCGGGAAAAGGAAAUCGAUUCCCCAGCCUCGAGCGAACGAACCUCGAUCGGGUUGAACCCUCCCUUCUCUCCAGAAGGCGACCUCCUCCUUAUGGUGACGUCGUCAUCUGCGGCCGAGCCCCUGCCCUUCCGAAUGAGGAAGAUCCCGGUAGUUUGACCUCUCCACUCGACUCCACCCCUUCCAGCUCCUCCCCUCGUGGCCUCCAGGUGGAAGAGGAGGAUCCAACCCCUGGGAUGAGCUCCGGGCCGCCACGAUCUCUCACGCAAAUCAUCCUUUACGGUGUGGAUCUUUCCGUUACGCCGGAUCACCUCUGUUCGAUGCUCGGGCAGCUCAUGGGGGGGGAACUCCCGUGGAAGGUGCGGCGCCCCGCGCAGGAAAUCGCCUCCGUGGUGCGAUUUUCCUCCACUCAUCCAAAGGAAAGAGCUUGGGAAGGUACGGCGGCCGUGUUAUCGGCGGAUGGGUUCUCCCCGGAAGGCUAUCUCGAUUCCUCCCCGGUGUUCAGCACGGGCAACCCUCACAAUCUCCCAGGAGAUGUCAACAACGGGGAAGGUAUAUUAGCGGACUCCCAACCCGAGGGCCCGGUUAAUCCACUGCCCGGAGGGGAUUUACUCGUUGGAGACGCCACCACGGAGGGGGGUGUUUUGGAAAGUAAGGUCGUGGAAACGGCGCCGGUGAUUUCACCUAUUCUUCCGAACACCGACUACAACUCGGUGCUCCAUCGUCAAGGGCUGCACGAUGUGAACGGACCGGGUGGGGUGGUGGUGUUGGAAUUUGCCAAAGGAAGUGCCGCCCUGAUGGCAGCAAGGUUACUGAACGGCGCAUCUAUCAAUGGCCGCCGCAUCACGGCUUCCUUACAUUAG